AUUGUGCUGAGCUCGGAAACGCACACUGACCCACCUUACUACAGGCUCCGCACUAUGACGAUUCUGUAACCGCUUCGUGACCGUGAUGACAAGAACUAAGUACAAAAUCCUUACAAUAGUUCCGUUAAAAAGGAGGACAUCUUUGCUGUUGAUCUGCGUCUCCCUCCUUUUGCAGGGUUCUUCCACGAAUGGUGCUGACAGCAGCCACUGCGACUUCGAAGGUGGUCACUGCCCAGAAUGGACCUAUGGCAACUGCAACGCACAGAGUUGCUUCCGAGCAACUCAAGCCGCCAAAGUGGAGCGUGGUCCGGCAAGAGACCACACGAUGACCAAAGAUGACGGCUGGUACGCGUACGCCUUCUACAACGGUACCGCAGAAGCAACGAUGGAACGGUCAGUGACAGGACCGUUCACGCUAACACUGUGGCACCAGUUGAGUGGUGUAGAAGACCCUAUGCUGUAUAUCUUGGUGGGUGACGCUUUUCGGUCGGGGAGCGUCGUCUACAGGGUAACCAGACCACGGAGGAUUGGAUGGCAGAAGAUCUACUACCGCGAAGAAGGCAGUGGGACGUUCCAGAUUUCACUUCGAGCCACAACUUCGAGACAGGCAGAGGGCACAAUAAUCGCCAUCGACGACAUCACCGUCAUCAAUCGAUUGGAUCCACAAGUUCCUUCCACACUACAGUGCACUUUCGACUAUGGAAACACCUGUGGAUUCAAGCAGUUUGGUUUUCGCCUCAUCAAUGGUAUCCGCAACAACGUGUACGGCCAGAGCGAUCACACUACUGGCACGCAUAGAGGUGGCUUUGUCCUGCAGACCCAAUAUUAUUCCAAAGACGUCUUCCUCCUUUCCCCACUGCAGCGUGGUUCCGUAUCACUUCAGUGUCUCUCUUUCUUCUACUACAUACACAGCGGGUCCUUUUCACCUGACAGUAUGCUCAACGUAGUCAUCGCUCCACAGUCUCCAGCAAGCUACAGGAACGCCAGCGGCUACGUAACGGUCUGGUCAACUUCGGGGACGCAUCUCAUGCACGACGACUGGAUACCAGCCCAGGUGUCCUUUGUAUCCCGUUCUGAUUUUGCGGUCCAGUUUCAUUAUAGCAAGGACCCGUUGCGCAAACCUUUCUUCGCUUUGGACGACAUCGCUUUAACCAGUUGUCCUGAAAGAAAAGUGCAAGCCGCAGCAGGUGGACGCUACGACUGUGACUUCGAAGAAAGCCUGUGUACAUUUGCGACGAGCCGACGUGUUGACACCUACCCGUGGCUAUUGGGCUCUGUGGGCAACAUGAAGAGCACACUGGCCAGACCCCAAGUGGACCAUACUUUGGGCACAAGCAGCGGUGGUUACGUGUACGUGAGCACGAGCGGAAGGCUUCCCAGCGAGACUGCAAUUCUCGCGAGUGACGUCAUCGCUCUCGACCUAAGAAAGACGCAGUGCGUCGAUUUCUGGUACAGCAUCUCAGGAAACGACGUUGCUCAUUUCAAGGUCUUCCGCUUCAUGGGUGUGGCUUUAAAGGAGCAGAUAUGGAACGCUACCUCCGGCGUCAAAGAUAAGUGGAGUCAAGGACGUCUCAGAGUACCCUACAGACACAGAUUAUAUUUUGAAGUCAACAGCAAGCCCUUCUCAGACGGAUAUGUAGCCCUAGAUGACGUCAAGGUCUACACGGAUGAUAACUGCCAACAAAUCCCCGGCAAUAUCGCCGACGAAGUGGAUGACAAGUUAAGCUGUUCGUUCAUCAGCCAAUCUUUCUGCGCUUGGAAGCCACAAGGAGGUACUUGGUUCUUUGGAAAGGGUCAGCAGGACCUUUUUGGUCAACAGAAGCUCACUCCUCCAGGCGACUACAUCUUCCUCAACAAGACAUCGUUCACAUCUGAACCUACACCGAUACUGAUUUCCGCAAGCAUUCCAAAGAUGGAACGUCCCAUGUGCAUCCGCUUCUUCUACCACAUGUUUGCUGGGGACUACGCCACAUUUCAGCUAACAGCGACGGUGAACCUCCAGGGUGACCCCGAGACAGUCACGUACUUUUGGAGUAAAGACAGUACAGUGGCCGACAGGUGGUACGAGGUCAGAAGGACUGUGAUGCUUGAUAAGGGCCCGAGCACGCUGGAGUUCAAAGUCGAAGCUGACAGACGGUUCCUGGGACCUCUUGCAUUGGCGGACAUUAAGGUGACGCCCGAACCUUGUAACGCAGACGCCGACGACAUUGGACUAUGCGAGUUUGAGUACGACACAUGCGGUUGGACCGUGGAAGAGGCAGAGACGGCGAAGUGGGUGCACGUUAGAAGAACGAGCGACAUCGCGGAGUUCAGAAAGCUCCCUGAAGCGGUCAAGUCAGGAUCCUUCAUGCAAGUUUCGGCCAAGAAGGGAACAAGGGCGUCCACCGCCCUGGUUAGUCCCGUAUGGUCCAUCCCGCCUCGCUGCUUGGAAUUCUGGUAUCGUCACGAUAUAUUCGCUGCUGUUCUCCUCAGAGCUGUCAUGUCCCAAGGCCGAGAGACGAAAAUCCUCUGGACACGACCAGAGCAAUACAAGACCGGUCAAUGGACUCUGGCCCGCGUACCAAUCACAGGUUCAUCUGCGUCUAACGGCUCAACGCAGGUACGCCUAGAAGCUUCCUGGACAGGCAAGGCCCAAACGCACGCCUUCCUGAACCUCGCUAAUCUCCGACUGUCGACGUCCCCCUGUGAAUCCGUCGUCGACUGUACGUUCGAGAAUGGGUUCUGUGGAUAUAGCGGCUAUGUAGUACCUGAGUUCUCGUGGAAAGUCGGUUCUGGGCGGGCGCCCUAUCCAGAGUACCAGGUCGUGCUUCCUCCCUCCGGACCAUCAGCAGGUGAUCCGGAACUGGCUAGGCCGUUUGCCUACAUCGACGCCUCGAUGCCGAUGGCGCACAUCGACCUGGAGGUCACCACGUGGAGUUCUGUCUUUGAAGCCAACGAAGGAGAUUCGAUUGACCUAACUUAUUUUCGAAAGGGCGAAGGCAUCACCCUCGUGGAAAUGAAGCAGCAGGUUUAUAAUCCAAACGUCACACCUGCCAAGGAGGUCUCCUUGGGAAUUCUGAAACCAUCAGACAGCUGGGUGAAGUUUUCGAAAGAAUUGAGCCCCGGUGUGGCCCAGAUUUCGAUCACUGUUCGUCGUGCUCAGGAGCGAGAGGGAAUAUUUGCAAUGGCCAGCAUAAAGCUCAUAUCCGGGCAUCAGGGUACACCACCAUCAGUCCAGGAGUUUGGAUGCACUUUCGAAGGUGGAAGCUUCUGCGAGUGGACCGCUGAAGAUGGAACCGUUAAGUGGACCCUCAACGAUCCAAUAUCGGGGCACGUAGAUACGCCAGCGUUCGACCACACGACAGGAUCGCAUAUCGGUCGGUUUGCCUACGUCAAGCUGGAUGUGGCGAGAGGCCCUGCACAGCUUCGCAGUCCCAACAUCCCCACUUCGUGGAACGACACUGCUUGCUUCUCUUUCUGGUAUUUUGCGAAGACGGACAGUGGCAUCCUCACCGUGAGAGUAAAGGAGGUUGUCCUACUGACGCUGAGCUCCUCGUCAUUUGGCUCGGAGUGGCAACAAGCACACGUCCGCAUCGACCGCAAGAGACACAGCGGAGAAAUCCCAGUGUACCUGGAAGCUCAUCAAUUGACAGGCGUCGUCGCGGUCGACGACCUCCUGCUCUCCUCUCAACCUUGUCCCAUGUCUUCCAAAUGCACCUUCGAAGGCGGCGAAGAAUGUUCGACUACCGCGCAUGCGUCAAACGGAAGGUCGUGGGAGGUCAAAGAUGGUGGAGCUUUCAACGUAAAGGACCACACAACAAAUGAUCCCGCAGGGCACUUCUUGUACUUAAACACAACGUGGGUGGAGAAAGAUGUCCAUCCGUACGCUCGCGCCAUCUUCCAAGAACAGGAACCAACGGACGCGACUUGUCUCAUUUUCUGGUGGAAGGGACUCGGUACACCCAGUCGGCUCAACGUUUACAGGCUUACGAGCGACGCUGGACUACGAGACCCUAUACUAUCCCUGAAAACAAAGGCAGUGACCAACUUCUGGGUUGGACGCUCUGUCACAGUAACCUCACACACCAAAUGGAACCCUGUGUUCGAGGUCCAGAUGCCAUACUUCUUGUUGGCGGAUUCCGGUGUCCUCCUUGAUGACAUAGAACUGCGAUCCGGUGUAUGCCCCCCUGAAGACUUCUGUUCGUUUGAGAAUGACUUGUGUUUGCCAUGGACGAGUGGAACGCGCAACGACACAACAAGCCUCGCCUUCAUGGACGUGGUCGACAAAUGGCGCGUCGGACGUGCCGGAACCAACUCAACUCAGCUCGAUCAUGACCACACAACAGGCACUGGAGAAGGCCACUACCUGUACUUCAGCGUCAAAGAAGGACAUCGAAGUUCGGCCGCCUACGUGCUCACCGAUCCCAGAUAUACCUGCAUGGCCUUCUGGUACUACAUCCCCAAAACGGACGGCGGACUCAGCAUCGUGACCAGGACAGAGGUUAGAGGAAAGUCAACGGCCCCGAACUGGAAGUUUGCUCAGGCCAGCAUCUACGAGAGACCAGAAGUGAUUCAAGCCAUCGCGGAGAGGAACGCGGUCUCCGAAGCCUUCGUAGCCGUUGAUGAUAUUCAGCUCAGCACCGAGAGAUGCGACCGGUCCCUGUCGCUCAAGCGGAACUUCUCAUGCGGCGACGACGAACAAGUGCCCAUGGAAAAAGUAUGCGACUUCGUUAAGGACUGCAGCAAUAAUGCGGACGAGAAAAAGUGUGCCGACUGCUUCUUCGAGACGGACGAGUGUGGUUGGUCGGUCGGCGGCUACACAGCCUCUUACUCCUGGACCAGAGACAGGGCGGACAUAACUGGCCUACGCGGACCAGCGGCGGAAAAUUCACUUCUGCACGCGUUAGGACAUUACCUGGUGGCACGCGGGUCGUCACCCAGCACGGGAGGACUCACAGACGGUUGGUCGAGGGUCACUACCGGAGACCUGCGUUACGCGGGUUACAUGUGCGCUCUGGUCUUCUGGUACAACUACAAGACUACCAAUAACACCGUGGGACUGCAAGUAAGGCUGACUGUGGAAGAUCAAAUAAUGACCCUGUGGAACAGUCUCCUUUUGGCAUACGUCCCUGAAGAAGAGUGGCACAAGGCGCGGGUCCACAUUGGCCGCUACAAGGGACCGUUCACACUUUCCCUGGAUGCAACGGAAAUACCCGUUCGCGCAGGCUACGUGGCUGUGGAUGCCAUACAGCUCUCCGACUGCAAACAUCCUGAGCCACAACCUAAGUGCCCUCCCGCGGAUUUCAGCUGCAAAAAUGGCGCCUGCGUCCGGUUGCGCCACGUGUGCGACUACACGGACGACUGUGGUGACGGGAGCGACGAAGAAAACUGCGGCCACCGCCAGUUUAGAUGCAGCUUCGAGCAUUCCCUCUGUGACUGGCACCUGGAACUGAAUGCGUCCCUUACGAACCACUGGGAAAGACGAGGCGGAUUCCGAGACCUGGCUGACGGACCCACCAGAGAUCAUACGACAGGGACACGCAAUGGUCACUUUCUAUACCUGGGUUUGGGAACACAGCCGUUGUCUGGCAAGGUCUACGGUCCAUGGAUCACUUCGGAGAAACACUGCACGAUCCGUUUCUUCUACAUCAUAAGAGGACCAACAGAUGUCUCACUUGCGGUCAUCACACGUAACCUCAACGGUACCACUUCCUCUGUCUGGGGCGAUAUGGCCUCGGCAUGGGUAUCGAAGUUCAACUUUGGAGAGGUGUCCCUUUCUUUAAGCCUUGAUGUUCCUUACCAGUUCAUUUUUGAUGGCUGGGUCAACUCUACCGACGGCAGAAAAGGCUACAUCGCAAUAGAUGAUGUCACAUUUUCACCUUCCUGCAAAGCAUAUAAAGGUGACAUUCCCAGGAUUCGGGAAGUGAUCCCAGCAAGAAGGCUGUGCCCGGGCGACCAAUUCUCUUGUGAAACGUCAAAGGAAUGUGUUCCGAGGAGUCAAGUGUGCGACUUCCUUCCCAACUGCAAGGACAAGUCGGACGAAGCCAACUGUGGUGCGUGCGAUUUCUCGACGGACAUGUGCGGCCUCUACAACGCACCCAAGACAUCUCGCUACACCUGGCAACGGCUGUCGUUGGAGCAAGUGGUCAACAACCGGCAGUUCUACAUGGGCCUUCCUGGUGUAGACAGGAUCGGUACCACUAAGGGGGGCUACUGCUCUUACACGUUAAACGAUCCAGAUGUUCCAUUUGGAGAUCGUAGCGUGCUCACGACUCCACCACUGGGAGAGACAGGUCAUGGUUGUACCAUCAUCUUCUAUGUGUUCACUCAAAAUAAUGCAGCGCUGGAUGUCGGAGUACAAAACGACACCCAGAAGAAGGUAUUCUUCUCCGGAGUUUGGGGAUACAGUAGUCGCAAGUGGAUCAAGGUGGCUGUGAACGUCGGCAAUUGGCAAGCGGGUAUGAAGUUCUUCUAUGAGUCGCUGUUUCGCAACAUCACCAUUGACGACAUCAAGUACGAAGACUGCCAUCCAAACAGCGUCGCCACAAAGCCUGUGACAUGUGACUUCGAGCAUCCCGAGACCUGUGGCUGGUACCACGAGAACAAUGCCGACACCGCCGACUGGGCUUUAGCGGUCGGACGGAAGGGAGUGAUGAGUCCCCCUGGAGAUCACACAACUGGGAGAGGUCGCUACAUGUACGUAGCACCAGAACCGGCUCACACGCACGCAAAAGAGCAGUCGGCGAUGCUGGUGUCAGCGAGACAAGCUCCCACAGGAAGCGACGGCGCCUGUUUUGCCUUCUAUUACUUCAUGACACGGACCAACGUAGGACGACUGGCAGUCCUGCUGGAUAUCGGUAACGGAACGACUGAUACAGUGUGGACGAAGUCUGGAUCGGGGCAGCCUGGCUGGAACGUCGCGAGCUUUAAUAUUCGAUCUCCGUCUCCCUUCAAAAUUGUCUUCCAAGCCACAAUCCCGGUUCCCAGCUUUUCCCUGAUGGCCAUCGAUGACGUCACCUUCGAUGAUAAACCCUGCCUCACACAAACCACAUGUACUUUUGAACAAGGCUCCUGCGGUUGGCAUUUAGAAGGCUGGAGGAUCACGACUGGACGAGAGGCAAACACGAACCUGUUUGACCAUACUCUUUCCCAGGUGGAUGGACAUUUCGCAAUGCUGAAAGACUCGUCGGGGAACAUGACUCUCCCACCGUUCCAAGUGGUCGAAGGAGAGACGCGAUGUCUCAAAUUCUGGCACUACGUCGUCAAGACCAGGGAUGAAGCUCUGCAGGUCGCCAAGGUCCUACCCUCCGCAGUGGACACGCUAUGGACCGUGCACGGUGAAGAAACGCUUACGGACCAGUGGGCUUCGGCUUCAGUUAACCUACAGGGGCACAGCGAAACAUUGUCGUUGUCCUUUAUUGGAAAGAAAUCUGAUAAGGCAACGAGCACCGUGAGAGUGGACGACGUCUACCUCUCAAGCCGUGCCUGCCCAUGUCGUGGAUGCUGCACCUUCGAAGAUGACUUGUGCAACUGGCGAAACGUGGGGAACGCCUCCUGGGUUCAGACGACGCGAAUGCUCAGGACGCCCGGAGUAGACCCCACCAAAGAUCACACGACAUCAACCGCCCAAGGUCGUUAUAUGUUGGUGGACUCUGAAGCGAUAGCUGACGGUGCCGCAGCUGCCCUGGAAAGUGAGCUCUUGCACUACGCUCCGACCACUUGCUUGGAAUUCUACUAUUACAUGGCUGGACAAGAAGGAUCCGACACAACCCUGUCUGUAGACCACACGAUCGUCGGCAAAGUCAUCCAACACGUGCGCGACAUUGUCGGAAAUCAAGGGUCACAUUGGCAACUCUACCGACAGAGAGUGCGAGACUUGCCUGGAGCGUACAACAUCCGCAUUACAGGCAGCGUAGGCAGCACGAACAAGAUGGAUAUAGCCAUCGACGAUAUCGUUGUCUACGAGAAGGACUGCCCCAGUGACUCGUCUGUACCACUUGCAGUGCUGGAGCGAAACGCAACCGAGUGGGACUGCAGCUUUGAUCAGGAUCUCUGCCAGUGGAAAGGCAGGUCAUGGAAAAUCCAAUCCGGGAGCACGGCUGUCCUCACUGGAAAAGGACCAACGAUGGACAGCCACCUGCAGACAUCCCAAGGAAAGUACGCAUAUUACUCUCCGGUGGAGUCGGCUGGUGAUGAGUCUGCUCUGGUGAGCCCACCCCUCAAGGUGUCGCAGACGCCCUACUGCAUCGAGUUCUGGUACUUCCUCCUCAGCCUCAACCCUGCGCGUCUGCAAGUAUCCAUCGGAACUGAUAAAUCCUCGCGGACAGUCUGGCUUCAACGUCAGGCAGCCGAACGCGUGUGGCGCAGGACAUCUAUGGUGACCCUCAUCAACGACACUCUCGCCACUAACUCUAUAGUCAUCAAGGUGUCUCCACAGGAAGCAGAAGUAGCCAUUGACGACAUGAGGGUAUCGAACACAGGCACCUGCAAGCAUCCUGUUGGCAGCCUAUGUGACUUCGAGGGUGACGGGCUGUGUGGUUACGAGGUGCAAUCCUUCCGUGGCACGUCCUGGCAAAGAGUUCUGGCAAGCGAUUCCGUUGAGCCUCGAGCGCCCAAGGAGGAUCACACGUUUGGUACCAACGAAGGUCACUACCUGGUGCUGACAUCGAAGGACUCCAUGAGAGGAGUUGGAUCGACACUGGUCAUCCCGAACAAUCCGCCAACAACGGGGGCCUGCUUGAGGUUAUGGUACAACUUUGGUUCCGAAACGAAAGGUGUGGUCGCGGCGACUGCACAGCCCGUCAUUGUCAUGAAAGACAUUGUGGGUUUGCACGAGAGGUCCUCAGUUGUAAAAGGGUGGCUACCAGCUGCUUUCACGCUGCAAAGUAGCAAGCCCUACGACGCUGUCAUCAUGGGGCUCAUGAACCCUAGCAAGAGCAGCUCUCGUAGCCGUGCAUUAGCACUGGACGACGUGCUGCUCACAGAGGGCGCUUGUCGCGACAGUGGACACUGCAGUUUUGAAGACGGUCUCUGCAAUUGGCGGAAUGCCAUGGCACCAACCAUAGACAGGGCAUGGGUUCGCAGCCGCGGAGCAGCUCCAGAGGAUGGACCCGUCGCCGACCACACCUUGGGCACCAUUGACGGAGUGUACAUCUACAUGGAAGGUGGUCACACAGCGGGCAGUCAUAUCGCGGUACUGGAAUCUGAGCCGAAGAACGCCACACUGCCCAGCUGCCUGACGUUCUGGUACCACAUCACGGCACAAUCGCCAUCAGCCUUACAGGUCCUCUCUGUCCCUGCUGACCUUCCGCAAGACAAAGGUUUGGAUUCCGCUCCCGUGGUUGCCUUCUCUUCCACUACAGUUGGCUGGCAGAAGAGCACCGUAAACAUACCAGCAUCAAAUGGUGUGCCGCCCUGGAUAAGAAUUCGGUUUGUCGGAAGGAAUGCAGACAGCAAAGGUAGAGUCAUCGCACUGGAUGACGUCGUCCUCGAAAGCGGCGUGUGUCGCGGAAGUGAAAAGUUGCAAGGAUGCAAGGAUGGACAGCUUCCUGUAUCUAAGGUCUGCGACUUCGUCGAGGACUGCCCUGAUGGCGAAGACGAGCUCCACUGCGGCCAAUGUAACUUCGACCAGGACACCUGCGUCUGGUCCACUGUCGCAGGCACCGUACCAUGGACGUGGAGCACGGCUCGGGACGCAAGUCAGGACAGCUCUCUACCACAAUUCGACCAGAGCAACGGAACGGAGUAUGGGGGAUACGUAUGGGUGGCAUCGUCGGGCCUCGAGAACAAACUGGCCAUGCUUACAACUCCCACCGGAGACCACGCCUUGAAGCGCUGCUGGAGGGAAUGCUCGCUGUCAUUCUAUUUCUACAUGUCAAAUGAGUUCAGCCCAAUGCUCCAAGUAAAGAAGACGAUGAUGGGACUCGAAAGCACCGUGUGGCGGUAUGCGGAAAGGAAAGGAAACGACUCCUGGCAACUGGGGGUCGCAAUGCUGGGUCCAUCCAGCAAUGAGUUCUCGGUGCAGUUGCUCGCGUCUACAUACAACCCGAGCAGUUACGCAGGAUUUGUAGCAGUAGACAGCAUCGAGUUCGAGAACUGCGGUCCUCCACGAGCUUCGGAUGAGGAUCCUUGUAACGGUGACCAGCAGCAUCUCUGCCUCGCCACUAAAGUCUGCAUCGACCGACAUCGAGUGUGUGACCACGCCGACGACUGCGGCGACGGAGAAGACGAAUCUUCGUGUGACGGCUUCCACUUCUGCAACUUUGAACUAGGAAGCCAGUGCGACUGGACUUUCCCCAAGCUGAGAGAUACGAAUGAUCUUUCUUGGGUCGUGACAUCGCCCUUGCAAAGGACACGGGAAUCUUUCGUUUUCACUGGUCCUACCGUGGACCAUACCACGGGGACGAGCAUCAGCGGUCGUGUGUUGCUCCUGGAACCGCGUUCUGAAGCGCACUUGCGCAGCUCGGCCAACUACGUCAGUCCCACUUACCUACCAAAGACUGCGAAACAUGGCAUCUGUCAGCUCCGAUUUUUCUACUACAUGUACGGAAAAGACGUUGGCUCUCUAACGGUGUACGCUGAGUUCGACACCGACGCUAACGUCAGGAGCUGGAAGGCUCAAACGAAAUUCGAAGGCGACAGAGGACAGUUUUGGUCACGCGCAUCCGUUGACGUACAGUGGACAGAUCCGUUCCGUUUUAUCCUGAUUGGGACCACGAAGGAUGGUUACGAGGGAGUCAUAGCCGUAGACGACAUCUCUCUCACUCCAGAGUGUGCACUCUUUAACGGCAGCCUACCCGAUCCAGCCCCGACGCCCGAAGCAUGCAAGCCCUCGCAGUUCACCUGCAGAGACCGCAGUUGCAUUCCAGCUUCAUUUCAGUGCGACUACACCUUGGAUUGCAAAGACGGUUCGGACGAAGACGGAUGUGGACCUUGCGACUUUGAACGAGACGCCUGCGGGUGGCGAGACAUUUCCAGAGGAGUCGUGCGCUGGGAGCGAGCAGGGGCGAGCAGCAGGUCAUGGUUGAAGAAGGACCGCACAACGGGAAGCGGUGACGGUCACGUCAUGCUGCUGAGUAACAACCACAUGCCAAACCAGAUUUCGUCGCGACUGCGGAGUCCCCGGCUACCUCCGAUUUCGUCAAUGUGUCAGGUCCAGAUGUGGGUGUUUUACAGGAAGACAUCGACUGCAUCGGAACGAUUGCUUUUGCGUCACAUGGUGCCAGGAGAGAUGCCUAAUGAUAUAGCUACCAUACAAGAAGGAACGCGAUGGAAUGUCGUCACAGCAAUCGUGCCGGAGUACUCUGGUAACGAUUCAAGCAUUGAAUUAUAUUUGAGACAUGCCCGAAACAACCGGCGUAGGCUGAUGCGGAAACUCGCUGUGGAUGACAUCACUUUUUCAGAAAACUGCACAUCAUCUUCUGUGUCUGUCCCAUGUGACUUCGACGACACUUCUUUCAAUGAAGGUUUCUGUCGCUGGAAAAAUGAUCCAGCAGGUGGCCUCACAUGGAAAAUUGAAAAUGGUGCUAAGAAUAGCGUCAGAAAUAAGCCCGAAGAGGAUCACACAACGGGAGACGGAAACUACGCCAUCCUCUCGGCAGGGGCCGCCACUGACCAGUAUGCACGUCUUCGAGGCCCAGUACUGGAGCCGACUUCACCAAAUGGCGGCUGUUUCACAUUCUGGUACUAUCCGUUCGAAGGACUAACUGCACUGGCUGUGUCGACUGGACCGGAUGCCGUCUCAACUAGAAACGUGUCUCAAACGUUUCAGUGGGUUAGGGGAGAACAUACCAUGAACAGCACCCUACCACAUAAAAUCAUUAUUGAGGCUAUACCCAUAACAACGUCGGUCAUCGCCCUAGAUGACUUCUCUUUCUCACGUGGCGUUUGCAGGACCCCCGGUUCUUGUGACUUCGAAACGGAUAUGUGUGACUGGACGCCAACUACUCACGGACUGGCUCAAGGCUGGAAGAGAACGAGCAGUUCUGGUAACCGUGGAGGAGGCCCAGCUGGUGACCAUACACUUGGCGAUCCUCAGGGCCACUAUGCCUUUACGAGACCAAUGCGUCAAGGCGACCGUGCACUACUAAUGAGCCCGCCCUUUGAAGGCGUUGGAGAUCGCUGCCUCGAGUUUUGGUACAGCAUGACCGGAGACGCAGGCACGUUGUCCGUCUACCAAAACGCAACUGGUUAUGCGCUUAUUAGCACUCUGCGGCCUGUUUGGAAGCGAGUGGGCGAUCGUCAUGGUGCGUGGGAGAAGGGCCGAGCUCUGCUACCUGAAAUCAGGUACUACACACUAGUCAUCGAGGCACUGACCACAGCUGCAGUCGCAAGCGAUUACAGUGGUUACCUGGCUCUUGAUGACACGGAGCUGAAGUUAGGGCCCUGUACCAAUUCGAUUACCUGCGACUUUGAAAGUGGCACCUGCGGGUGGAUAACUAGCCCGACGGGCGGUUGGACAUCUGGCUUUUACUGGCGACACUGGGAGGCACUGCACAGCAGAACAUUAGGAGGACCACCAGAUGAUGUGACGACUCUUUCGGUUUACGGAAAGUACAUGUACGUCCCGUUGUCCUUUGUCAGCGCAGGUGUAAACGCAACAUUCCGCUCGGAGGAACUCGACAUCACCUCCAACAAAGGAUUGUGUUUCACAUUCUGGUAUUCCAUGAAGGACACUAAAAACAGUGUGCUUCGCGCUGAAGCAGUGUACAACGGCUAUGCACGCGUGCCUCUCGGAGAAAUUACCACACCUGACAACGGCUGGCGUAAAUUCCAAUAUUCCUUCUUGCCCUCGUCUACGGCCACAGAUAUGUAUUUUCAGCUCAUCGCCGAAACGCGAGAGAGUUUCGCCAUGAAUAUAGCAACUGGUAUAGCGGUAGACGACGUUGAUCUCAAACUUCAUCUCUGUGGUGACUCCGGUCCACAACCUACGCCGCCACCGGUUCACCAACCCCAUCCUAUGGACUGUGACUUCGAAAAUGGCACCUGCAUCUGGGUGAACAACACCCAUUCUCCUCGAAGUUCCUUCUGGAAACGGGUCACCGCUGAACGGUACCUCAGAUUGCCGAACCUCAUGCCCAAAACCGAUCACACCACAAUGUCGGUGUACGGAUCCUACGUUACAAUCUCCGAGUCGUCUGCAUCGAUUACUAGUGCUACACUUGUCACUUCAGAUUCUGUUACUACGAGCGACUCUGGUCUUUGCGUCAUGUUUUGGUACUACAUGCACGGUACAAGUGUCUCGCCGUUGUCCUUCUACAGCAUAGGCGUCGACAAAAAUACCACGUUCUUUGAAAGUGACAGGUCAGCAGGACCGCAGUGGAACUAUGGACAGGCAUUUGUUCCAGGUAUGCAGAACCAGUACUUCGCGUUCAGAAGCCGCAGAGUCGCCGAGGGUGUGGUUGCGCUGGAUGAUAUUUCGGCGCAAGUGGGAAAAUGUCCGCCUCCGACGUACUGCGGCUUCGAGAGCGAUGAGUGCGGUUGGGUACCGUCACUGGAAGGUCGUUAUCGAUGGCAACGGCAAAGUGCUAAGGACGCUGGGCUGUCAAGGGACCACACAGAAGGAACAUGGAGCGGACAUGCCUUCUUUGUAAAUUUCAACCCGGUCAAUAAUCAGCAAGGAAGAAACGCUGUGGCUCUGAGUCCGCUCUUCAGAAAAGACGAAGCUUCCUGUAUCCGGUUCUGGUACUAUAUCACCGGAAACCAUAACAUCGCCACGGGCACUGCCAGCAAACUAUUUACGUCAGUCAAUGCCGUGCUACGCGCACAGGAAUGGGGUUCUCCAAGAUGGCGUGCAGCGCAGGUACAGGCUACUCAGACAGCGGAAGGUUAUCAGUUCUUCUUAAAGGGCAUCGUGAGGUCACAGCAGGGUACGAUCGCAGUAGACGACAUUGAAAUCCUUUCCCAAUGUCCUACUCUUGGCUCCUGCAACUUUGAAGACGAUUUCUGCAUGUGGGAAAACGAACACGUCACCCGACCUCCUCUAGCAUGGACCAGGAACAACGGACGAAAUCAUCCUCUUGCUCCUAAUGUGGACCACACGUACGGUGCCAUCUAUGGUACGUACGCCGUCGUAGCGGUAACGCCUUCUCGAAGAGCCAGGCUCGGAUCUAAACUGAUAUCGCCGGACUUGCCAGAUUGUUCCAGAGGAUGUUUAAGUUUCUGGUUGUAUCGCAACGGAACUCAGACCCACGACCUUGACGUCUUCUUGAGGAGAGGACACGGCGAUGAAGUCCAAGAGUACCAGGUACAGAAUGACGGGGAAGGACGAUGGGUCAAAGGACAAGUUAUCCUCGCUUCAAACUCUUCGUGCCGAGUAGGAUUCGCGCCAUCUUUCUCCAAUCUCCACUCCAUGUUCUACGCGCUCGAUGACUUCGAACUCACUCACGAUCCUUGCCAGCCUCUCGAAGACUUUCACCACCCGUCUUUCACUUGCGACAACGGAACGACGCAUCUGACUCAUGACAAGAUCUGCAAUUUCGUUCAUGACUGCAAGGACCGUACCGACGAAGCACAGUGCGGUCUUACUUGUGAUUUUGAACAGGGCGACACGUGCAACUGGACGAAAGAAUCCCGUUCCAUUGAGUGGCUUCUGACAAAGGCGCAGUCUAGUGAUCUUGGGCCGAAGGUCGACAAGACUACCGCAUCAGGCACGGGGCACUACAUGCAACUGAUUAUGUCAGGGGAAGACGAAGCCUUUAGGAAUGGCAGGAUGGUCAGCCCGUACUUGCGAAAUGCAGCGCCGGUUUGCAAGGUUAAUUUCUGGUUCAGCUCAACCUUAUCGGGGGAGUCUUCCGUUGUGAAGGUACGCAUGCGCUCUGCCGUGACUGCCGUCAGUAGUGAGACCACUGCCCUCGUCGUACAAGGAAGUACGAGGAAGUACCCUGUGUGGCAGAAAGCAGAAGCUGUCUUAGGCCGAGUUCCCAACCGGUUCGCCGUUGUACUGCUCGGUUCUGUAGAGAAAGGAAAUACGACGUUCGCUGUGGACGAUCUCUCGUACGAAAACUGUGAGGUUCCGCAACCCAUUCCCGCCGUGUGCAGCGAUAGCAGGAUGUACCGGUGUUCCAACGGCCACUGCAUUUCUCGGGAUCAGCUUUGCGACUUCAACGACGACUGUGGGGACAUGAGUGACGAAGGCACCAACCCCCGGGCCAACUGCGAAGAAAACUUCCCCGGUCGUUGCGAUUUUGAAGACGGCACCUGUGGUUGGUCUGUUGGGCGCUUCUGGCAGCUACGAAAAUCCCGCGGCAUCUCAUAUCCAGCCGUGCAUCCUGACAAUGACGACCGCGACCACACCACUAAUACGCGCUACGGAAAUUAUCUCAGCUUCCGGUUCCGGUUCCUGCCCCGCAACACAAAUGGAGGCGUAGCGAGUCCAAUCCUUGUUGCUUCGUCACAUGGAUGUGCCUUACGCUUUUACUACACUUACCGCACAGUUUUUAGGGAUCUCGACUACGACAGCUACAACAGAGGCAGUGGAAGCCUGCAGGUUACCCUGCGCGUCGAUAAGCUUGGCUCGCCGCGUCUCCUGUGGAAGACAUCGAAGGUAUUCGGCCAGUACUUUGAGCGGAAGACCAUACAUUUGGGGGACGUCAAAGGCCCCUUCCAGGUCUCUAUAGAAGCGACGUCUGGAACAGAUAACAAUGGUGCGUGGUUAGUGGAUGACGUUUCCUUUUCGGAGGAAUGUCACAGGAGUAACGCAAGUUCUCUUCCGAAUCUCCUACCCAUACCAACGCCACCGCAGACAGAGUGUGACAUAAAGAAAUUUGUAUGCGGUAAUGGUCAGUGUAUCGAUGCCAACUUAAAAUGCGAUUUCAAGGAGGACUGUGCUGAUGGGACGGACGAGGCUCACUGCGCGACGUGCUCUUUUGACCAACACAUGUGCGGGUGGGUAGAUAUCAGUGAUGGCGUCUUCAGCUGGUCUAGGGUGAAUCAGGGCCGUGGAGGUAUGAAACCGCUGGCGGACAAGUCUGGACAAGGCUACUUCAUGAGUGUUGAAAGAGAAGGUGAGGGCGUCGUCGGAGAAACGGCAAGAAUAACGACAGUACCGCUUAAGGCGACGGCUGAGACUUGUCGAGUAGAGUUCUACUAUUACAGGACCAAAUCGGUGGACGGAAACAGCCUGCAGUUGAAAGUGGUUGAACAGUCCACCUUGCUGCUUGAGAGUCUGAGUGACAGUACAGAAGACCAGUGGUCACACGCUGUGGCUAAUAUUGGGAAGAGGAAUGCGUCCUGGCGUCUCGAAUUCGACGCGAAGAGUCCCCACGGAGCAUCAAGGAUUGGCGUCGAUGAAGUGAGUCUGAUCGAGUGUGCUACAGCGUCGCCGGACCCGCAGAAGAAGUGCGACGCAGCCGGAAUGGUAUCAUGCCCAGGGUCGCCGCAUGAGUGCAUCUACCAAUCACAGCUCUGCGACUUCGCGAAAGACUGCAGUGACGGAUCGGACGAAAUGAGCUGCGAUGCGUUCCCUGGGCGAUGCGACUUUGAGGGCGACUUCUGCGGGUGGAGCUUGUACGGUACGCAGAACCGUCGCGCCACGUGGGAAAUCAGCCAAGCAUCUGCAGGUCUUGCCACAGACCACACUUACGGCAACGAAUCUGGCCAUUACCUGUACCUCAAACGAGAAGACACGAGCGAGAGGGCUGCGGCUAUACUGCAGAGCAUUCUGUUCGACGCAACAACGAGCCAAAAAUGUCACCUGCGCCUGUGGUACAACAUGGCGUAUGGAGACGACGACGUACUGCGAGUCCUUGUGAAACCAACGACAGACACUAAAUUUUCGUAUAUCUUAACAACCGCACAGGGCAGUCUUACACGAAGCUGGCAAAAGCUUGACGUUCCACUUUCGAGUUCAGUGCCGUUCCGUGCGAUGAUAAACGCAAGACAAGGCGUGGGAACGCAAAGCAUCCUGGCCAUCGAUGACGUUUCUUUCGCUCCGGAAUGUAAACCGUUUAACGCGAAGCCCCCUGUGGAGCCCGUCCAGCCAGAAAGACGGUGCAACAACGAAACUGAGUUUACGUGCGAGGAUAACAGCUGCAUUGCAAACGACUUAGUGUGUGAUUUUAAAAAGGACUGUCCAGAAGGACGCGACGAAAAGACGUGUCCUUCAGCUUGCGAUUUUGAGGGGGCCGACGAGUGCGGUUGGCGCGGCCCUAAAGAACUGCCAUCGCGUGUGGUAUGGAAGGCAUUGACGGCGUUAGCGGCCAAAGAAGACUUUCCGGGUGCACCUCCUGCUGACACGACAACAAAGUCUGAGAUAGGUGACUAUCUCUUGGUAUGGAUUGGCCAGGACUCAGACGUCGUCAAGGGUGCUAUAAGGUUGACUUCGCCAACUUUUCACCAAGCAACGCCGGACUGUAAAAUUAGUUUUAACUAUUGGCUCUACUAUCCCCUGAUUAGAGUCAAUGUCCUUCUUUCUUCGCAAGGAAGUCCCGACAUCGUACUGUUCAAACGUGAGUCCGAAGACGGCAAGAUUAGAUCCUGGAAAAACGCAACGAUAGGCAUAGGCAGAAGGAAAGUACCGUUCCGCAUCGUUCUAGAAAUAUCUACACCGGCUCGUGGAGGGGGAUCACUGUUCGCCAUGGACGACUUCCGGUUCUUAGACUGCGCAUACCCAAAGCAGCUUGCGCAGAGAAGCUCUUGCGACCCUAAGGAGGUAUCAUGCGGCCAUCGUUGCGUGUCCAGAGACAAAAAAUGUGACCUGUACGAGGACUGCCGCGACGGAAGCGACGAGGAGAACUGUCACAACAUCAGGGUAACUUUCGACGACGGACAUUUCGGCGUUCUUGGACAGCAUAAAGACAGCGACCACUGGUCAUUCGAGCACGGGCGUUCCCCUGUCCGGAGACAGGAUAACACAGGUCCUUUGUUCGAUCACACAACUUUUACGGAUGUCGGAACAUACGUCGAGUACGGAGGCAUGUUGCAUCACUACCACAAGCCUAACUACUUCUACUCGCCGGUAUUCGCCCCGGGAAGGUGCAGGGUGACGUUCCACAUCUACAUGCAUGGACACGAAGUAAACCUGGCGAGAGUUCGCAAACGUUAUCUUGAAGACGGCGAUACUGGAGGCGAGGUCCUGUGGGAGCAGAAGGCAGAGAUCGGUGACUUCUGGACGAGAAGGACGUUGGUGCUGGAAGACAAGAAGGAGUUUCAGGUUGUCUUCGAGGUCCGUUCCGGGAACGGACCGAGCGACGUGAUUGCCUUCGACGAUGUCAGCUUCGGCGAAGAAUGCAGCGUCGCGGUGUCUCCCACCACCGGACCUCUGCCGCCCAUGAAGCCGUCUCCACCUGGCUUGCCAACUGUACCCACGGAACAGACCAUAGCUACGCCGUCCGGAGUUCCGCGUGCCUGUCAAGAGGACCAUUUUGAUUGCGGUGGCAAAUGUAUCCCGGCCCUUCUAGUCUGCGACGGCGUCCGUGAUUGCCCCGACGGAAGAGACGAAAAGUGUGAUGACAGGAAACAACAGUGCCCACCCGAAUACUUUUACUGCGCCCUGCCCCCAACCGACGAUCACUGCUUGCCUCGCACUUUUAUAUGCGACGAACACCCAGACUGUGCUGACGGCUCCGACGAGUCGCUUUGCGGAGUUUGUCCGGAGUACUUCUGCCAGAAUUCUGGGCUGUGCGUGCUCUUGGAGCCCCAUGGAUUUCCCGGCUGUAGUUGCAGACUUAGCUACGGAGGAUCCAGAUGCAACGAGACACUUUCCGUGGGUCCACCUGCUGCGCAAAUGUCAACGUCAUCCGGUUUCCAAGCCUGGCAUAUCGUUCUCCCCCUGCUUGUGCUGUUGGCGAUCGCUGUGGCUGUUGGGCUCGUCGUCUACAGGCGCAAAACGCGACCCACAUAUUCCGAUGGACUUUCCAUAGCGAACCCUGUAUUCGAUGUUCAGAUGGAGGAUGUAUCUCUCACCCCUGCAGAGGAGGAUCUUGAGCCUUCUGGUAUAGGUAUGACAAAUCCCGUGUAUGGCUACCCCACGAACUUGAGCGCCUCCCAGUGCUGAAGAAAGGACUUGGGAAUUUGUGUUUGUUAAUAAAAUGUAUUUUAUUA